AUGGCCUCCGAGAAGAAACAACAGCACGUCGAUCUUGAGUCGAAGCCCAACGAUAACUUCGUUGAGGUAUCGACCGAAGACGAAAAGAGUGGAGUCCUGCAGCCUGGCGCCGAUUACUCUGGCGCUGUAGCCAAGACAAGCCCAGAGGAGAUUGCUCUUGUCAGGAAGCUUGACUGGAGAAUCAUGCCCACACUUUGGUGCAUGUACUUCUUGAACUAUCUCGACCGAAAUGCCAUUGCACAAGCCCGUCUCGAUGGCCUUGAGAAGGACCUUGAUCUACAAGGCUCUCAGUACAAUACUUGUAUCUCGAUCCUCUUUGUUGGCUAUCUGCUCAUGCAAAUCCCCUCCAACAUGCUCAUGUCCUCCAAGCAUGUCCGACCUUCUAUCUACAUGGCAGUUUGUAUGAUGGCAUGGGCUGUAGUUUCCGCUUGCACUGCCCUCGCGAAGGACUAUACCCACCUCGUCAUCGUCCGAUUCUUCCUCGGAGUCGCCGAAGCACCGUUCUACCCGGGUGCUAUCUACAUGCUCUCAAUCUUCUAUACUCGCAAGGAGAUAGCCACGCGACUGUCGAUUCUAUACUCUGGUAACAUCUUCGCGACUUCUUUUUCCGGUCUGAUAGCCGCCGCCGUCUUCAACACUGUUGACGGCAACCAUGGUCUUCAUGGAUGGCAGUGGCUCUUCAUUAUCGAGGGUUGCCUUACAUUCGGAAUCGCAAUCAUCGGCAUCUUCACCCUUGCCGAUAGCCCCUUAACGACCCGCUGGUUGAAACCAGAGGAGCGUCAGCUUGCCCACGAGCGCAUGCUCAGAGAUACUGUUGGUCUUGAAGAGAGCAAGGGCGCCAAGGCUGGUUUCAUGCAGGCUGUCCGCGACCCUCGCCUCUGGCUCCUAUGCUUUAUUCAAAACAUGCAUCUCUCAGCCUGCUCCUUCAACAAUUUCUUUCCCACAGUGGUUGGCUCCCUCGGCUUCAACGACACCAUUACUCUAGUCCUCACCUGCCCACCUUACCUGAUCUCUGGAAUCUUCGGCUACUUUGUUGGUAUUUCUUCUGGCAAGUACAACGAACGCACGUGGCACAUUACUAUGUGCAUGAGCAUGGCCAUUGUUGGCUUCGUCAUCUCUUGUGCGACACUCAACACCGCUGCGCGCUACGUCUCAUGUUUCCUGUUUGCUUCUGGAGCAUAUGCAGUGAAUAGCUGCAUCCUAGGCUGGGUAUCCGCUACUCUGGGCUCUACGCAGGAGAAGAAGGCAGUCAGCUUGUCCAUCGUCAACGUCGUUGCCAAUGCUUCGUACAUCUACACUGCUUACUUGUAUCCGAAAAGCGACGGACCUCGUUAUUUGACGGCCAUGGCAAGCAAUGCUGCCUUUGCUUUUGCUUGCAUUGCUGGGACUUGGGCACUGCGCGUUUGGCUUAUUCAGACAAACAAGAAGAUGGGGUCAGCCGGCACCAAGUAUGCCUAUUAG